GCCAGUUGUGAAUCAAGACUGCGCACAACGCAUCCAGGAGCUAACGCUAUGGUUCAGAACCACGCAGACCGACACAAACAAACGACAUGUCCGCGAGUAUAAAAACAAAACAAACCUGUCGCGUUUGAGCAGCAGGGAGCUGAUUCGUUCUUUCUUUAAAGGGGUUUGACCACAUCACUGUGACUUCACCUCUUCAAACCUUUGGAGUUGUUGGAGGCUAACUUCAACAGAAAAUAUCUGUCGCUGCAGCGCCCCGGGCACCACGAGGAAUAUUUAGAGUAAUCAUGACCCACGAGUCAGACGUGCACACCAUCUCUCCGGAGCUGCCGGCGAUGUUCGACGGCAUGAAGCUGGCGGCGGUGGCCACGGUGCUCUACGUCCUGGUCCGCUGCCUGAACCUCAAGAGCCCCACUGCACCCCCGGACCUCACCUACCAGGACACGGCCCUCAACCGCUUCCUUCUCAAGUCCUGUCCUCAGCUGACCAAAGAGUACAUUCCUCCCUUACUGUGGGGUAAGAGCGGUCACCUCCAGACGGCACUGUACGGUAAACUUGGCCGGGUGAGCUCGCCUCACCCAAGUGGAGUCAGGAAGUACUUACCCAUGCAGGACGGGGCCACUGCCACCUUUGACCUCUUUGAGCCGCAGGGGGACCAUCGAACAGGAGAUGACAUCACCAUGGUGAUAUGCCCAGGUAUCGGGAACCACAGUGAGAAGCAUUACAUCCGGACCUUUGUGGAUCACGCCCAGAAGGAUGGUUACCGCUGUGCCGUGCUCAACCACCUGGGAGCUCUUCCCAACAUCGAGCUUACCUCUCCGCGCAUGUUUACCUACGGGUGCACAUGGGAGUUUGCAGCCAUGGUGGGCUACAUUAAGCGGACCUAUCCUCAGACCCAGCUGAUGGUGGUGGGCUUCAGUCUGGGUGGAAACAUUGUUUGUAAGUUCCUGGGCGAGAACAGGAUGAACCAGGAGCGAGUGCUGUGUUGUGUCAGCGUCUGCCAGGGCUACAGCGCUCUCAGGGCACAGGAAACAUUCCUACAGUGGGACCAGUUCAGACGUUUCUAUAACUUUCUCAUGGCUGACAACAUGAAGAAGAUCAUCCUCUCACACAGGCACAGUCUGUUUGGGGGAAGCCCAGUUAAAGUGAAAGAUCUAGAUCUCGGCCAUCUGUACACGGCGACAUCUCUCAUGCAGAUUGACGACAACAUCAUGAGAAAAUUCCACGGCCACAGCUCUCUCAAAGAGUACUAUGAGAAGGAGAGUUGUGUCCAUUACAUUCACAACGUAAACGUGCCACUGCUGCUUGUGAACUCUGCAGAUGACCCUCUGGUUCAUGACUCACUGCUCAAUAUCCCUCGCACACUAGCAGCAAAGAAGCCAAACGUCAUCUUUUCGCUGACGCUACACGGAGGCCACCUGGGCUUCUUCGAGGGUGCGGUGCUCUUCCCCCAGCCGCUCACCUGGAUGGACAAAGUGAUUGUGAGCUACGCCAACGCCAUGUGCCAGUGGGAGAAACAGAAACCGCCGUGCCAAUGUGGCCACCUGAGUCCGAGCUCCUGCGCAGAGGAAAAAGCGUAAACUACUGACCACUGUAUGUCUCUCACUCUGUCUCUUCCCGCUCACCCUCUCCAAACACCACUGCCCCCCCAGCACUGAGGAGACACCUGAACUAAACCUGAAACUGCUCUCUCUUCUCUGCCUUCUCCUCUGGUGCUACUCACCGCUCCCGACCCACACAUCCCGGUCAAACACGUCUCCACGCCUUCUCCACAGUUCUCCUUUGUAAUCACAAUCACCUU